AUGUCUACAGAUAGUAGUAUCUACCUACAAGAAUAUUUAGAAGGUGAUCAUAUCUAUCAAGAGUGUACAGAGUAUGAAGAAUUUACGCAGAAUGUAUCUGCCAUCUGUGAUCCAUUAUUUUUCACUGGAUUAACAAGUUUCGCUUUAAUUCCUUCAACUAUAAUUUAUUCCUUAUUAAUGGGAAUUAUAUUAUUGUACCACUCACGAAUUAAUAAUUCAUGGUUUAAAAAACAAAAAUCACAUAUUUUCUGUUUACUAUUAGCUCAUAUUCUACUAUCCCUUGUAUUAGGCGUCUUUAAUUUACUCAUUAAUCGUGGAUUUCCAUGGUUCGGAUUGAAAGGCAUACAUUUGCAUUUACGUGAAAUACAACUAUGCAAAGUGUAUAGUAGUGUGAAUACAUUUGUCAACUGUUUAUUAGUUACUCUUUUAACACUAUAUACUAUAGAUAUUACAUUGUAUGCAAAAUUCUAUGCCUAUAGACCACCAACAUCGAAUAAACAAAUGAUUCUCUUAGUAUUAUUCUUUUCUAUUUUAAUCGCUAUACCUGAUUACUGUGUAAACACCCUGUGGAUAUUCGAUGGAAGACUACAAUGUUCAACUAAUCCUCUUCUACCAAGAUUGUUAAUAUUUACAGCUGAAGUGCAUAGAAUUCUUUUCGGUUAUGGAUUAUUUCAGUGUAUUAUAAUAUACCUGUGCUUAAAGUAUCUACGUAAACGUCAUAUAUUAAUAUGUAAUACUGUAUUACACUUUUAUCCUUUAACAUUUAUUAAAAAGACACGAAAUGAAAUUGUCAGUAGUAUAUGUGAAUUUUUAAAUGGUAUGAAAAAGACAACAAGUUUAGUGAUUGUUUAUUCAAGUUGGUUAACACUGAUUCUAUUUAUUAGAGGAUGUUGUCAAAUACCGAUCAGUCUAGAAUUAUAUUAUUAUAUUAUGAAAUCAGGAAGAGCACAAGCAAAAUUACGUUUAUUUAAUUAUUGGAGCCUACGAGAUUUUAUGUCUUUUAUUGUUAUUCUAUUUGGUUCAAUGCAUUCAUGGUUUUAUUUAUCCUUUUUUAAAAUGGUUGAAUUUAAAGUGGUGGAAGGAUCGAACAGGAUGAUAAGUUCGAAACGUAUUCAUAAGAAAUGGAAAGAGAUUUAUCAAGUUUUGAUUAAAUCAAAUCGAUCUGGGGAUCCUGAAGUUGAAGAAGCAAUAAAUGUGUUAAAACAAUUUUUUAAAAUUAAUGAAAAUGCUAAUAAAUAA